AUGGACUUUCUGACUCAAUUGAGGAUCGCGCUCAGGAUUCAGGAACUACAGUCCCCUGACUUUGACGUCGACAUCGACGGCACGGAUAAGCUGCAAGGACUGAGGUGCGCCGUACAAGACACCAGGAUCGUCGACCGAGCGUUUGCUGGACUUGAGAGGGGUGCUCUCGCCUGUCACAUUGCUCGAUACGGUCCUGGUGUUGAGGCGGAUGGCAAGCCGAUUACGGACUCGAAGCCGAGGGACGAUCUUCAAGCACGCAUCUAUGGGCCCCAUGCGGAACAAUUCUCCAGCAGGGAGAUGUUCUCACCGGACACGCUCUCUCAAACGAUCGAAUGGGGUGUCGUUGGACCUGCGAGGUUGUUCAGCGACGAUGAGGAGCUCAACUUGACGACCUCGGGUCCGGAGUUUCGUCGCAUUUUCACGCUCGUCCGAGGUCCCGGCGACAAGCAGCCCUCGUCAUCGACCGCUACGCGUCAAAAUAUGGCGACAAUUGUGGCCAUCUCUGUAGAAGAUGAGGAGCUCGUUUUCGAUGAGGACGGGAAGCGCAUCCUUCCCGUCAUCCAUUCAAGGGGCAUAUCGACUUUGGAACGCAUGUCGCGCAAAGGAUUCGAUCUGCGAUUUGUGAGGUGCUUGGCCGAAGGGGUGGACGAGCGACCGGCUAAAAACAUCUUGAUGCAGGUGGGGAAACCGUUCAUUUCAAAGGAUUUGGAGAAGAUGCGCUCUUGUUAUUGUUAUUGAUGUGGUUGCCAAGUUCAUUCGCCAGAUUGUGAUCCGUUUGAUCGACGCUGAGAACGGCCGUUUUGGUCUGCUCACCGCGUCGCCUUAUUACAUGCUCGUCGAACUCGGUGAGCGGCAAUAGAUUCAACGGUGUGAUCAAACUCAAUGCUGCGAUUCGUGACUGAGUACGUAUGAAUUAUUUGCAGUCAAGGUGGACGGAAAGAUGCAUCUUCUCGUCGAUCGCCCCUACUCGGCCGUCGACGAAGGCCCCGACUCGACAUCGACCGCCCUCUAUCGUCCCGGUCUCGCGCUCUUGCUCUCGCUGUUCAUGAACCACAAGUCGGACUUUGAGAUCGACGAACCGAGCGAGGAUAUCAAGGACAAGAUUCGCCAGAAAAUGCGUGAUCUCGGAACCUACGACUUUAAAGGCUUCUCACCCAAAUUCGCGUCGCUAUGA